AUGGAGUUCGUCUCUAUUUUACCUACUAAUGUGGCGCUGAUGAACGAAACCGCGGCGGUGGAGUAUGAAGAUGGAGACGACCCAGACGCAGUCACUCUACUAUCCAUCUUACUUGUUGGCAUAUUCCUCUCUCUGCUGAUAUUCCUGUCAGUGGCUGGUAACAUUCUGGUGUGUAUCGCCAUCUACACGGACCGGGGACUGCGGCGGAUCGGCAACCUGUUCCUGGCAUCCCUCGCCAUCGCUGACAUGCUGGUUGCGGCCGCGGUGAUGACCUUCGCUGGAGUCAACGAUUUGUUAGGGUACUGGGUGUUCGGCGAGCAGUUUUGCGACACAUGGGUGGCUUGUGACGUCAUGUGUUCUACCGCCUCCAUUCUCAACUUAUGCGCCAUAUCACUCGACAGAUAUAUCCAUAUCAAAGAUCCUUUGCGAUACGGCCGGUGGGUCACACGUCGCGUGGCCAUAAUCACAAUCGCGAUGAUAUGGCUUCUAGCUGCCCUGAUCAGCUUCCUGCCCAUCUCUCUGGGUUUGCACCGACCUCACGAAGAGUUUGCAGCGACUCAGAAGCCACCAAGAUAUCCAACUUGCGCCCUGGUUCUAACCCCGACGUACGCCGUGGUGUCGAGCUGUAUAUCCUUCUAUCUACCGUGCAUAGUCAUGAUUAGUAUUUAUUGCAGAUUGUACUGCUACGCCCAGAAGCACGUCAAGUCCAUCCGGGCGGUUACCCGGACGGUCCAAAUGCCGGAUAACCGGACCAAGUCCGUCCGCACCCGGGUACACACGCACGUCCACUCGUCCCCGUACCACGUGUCCGACCACAAGGCUGCCAUCACCGUGGGCAUCAUCAUGGGCGUGUUUCUUCUGUGCUGGGUACCCUUCUUCUGUGUCAACAUCGUCGCUGCCUUCUGCAAGACUUGUAUACCUGAUCUGGCCUUCAAGAUCCUCACGUGGCUCGGGUACUCCAACUCAGCUUUCAACCCGAUCAUCUACUCGAUAUUCAACACUGAAUUCCGAGAAGCCUUCAAGAAAAUUCUCACAUCUCGGUAUCCACCCUGUUGUGGGUAUCAAAGCGUGAGGGCCCAUACGCCAACGAGAAACGACAACUUCGUCACCGACUUCGGAACGAAAACGCUAGUGGUACGAAGAAGCGGCUCUCUAGGUCUAUCGGGCGUUGACCCCACUCCGCGCUCCUCAGCCGAAUCCGUGAAGCCACUGCGAGAGUACCACAUCUGA